CUUGAAAAGGUUGACAUGGAAGAUCUUUCCAAAAUUGGUGCUACCUCCAUCGUUCAUCUACCGGAUGACUGCCUUACUAUUAUUUUCCAUGCUUUAGAUUGUCGUGCUGAUCGUGAAUCGUUUGGCUUGACUUGCCGACGAUGGCUCCAUAUUCAGAACUUCAACCGUCGAUCACUGCAAUUUGAGUGUUCAUUCAGUAUAUUAAAUCCCUCCUCUUUGUCGAGAAAGGGUCUUGAUGUUCACACUGUCCAUCUCCAUAGGUUGCUGAGGCGCUUUCAACAUUUAGAGUCUUUAUCCUUAUGUGGGUGCACGGAGCUCAAUGAUUCAGGAUUAACCCGUUUGCUAAGCUAUGGUUCGAAUUUACAAAAACUUAAUCUAGAUUGUUGUUUGAAAGUUACUGACUACGGGCUAUCCCUGGUUGCUUCUGGUUGUCCCUCAUUGACGUCAAUUAGUCUCUAUCGGUGUCUCAACGUUACUGAUGACGGAUUAGAGACUCUAGCCACUGCUUGCUUAUCUUUGAAAUGCAUAAACCUCUCGUACUGCUCACAAAUAUCCGACAAAGGGUUGAAAGCUCUUACUCAGAGGUGUCGUCAGCUUCAGGCAGUUAACAUAUCACACUGUGAGAGUAUAAGAGGUGUCGGCUUCAAAGGGUGUUCAAAAUCUCUCGCACAUGUAGAGGCUUGGUCUUGUAAGCUCAACCCAGAAGGAGUGAUGGGAAUAAUUAGCGGCGGUGGUAUAGAGUAUCUAGACGUAUCUUGUUUAAGUUGGUCUCCUUUAGGAGAUCCCUUGCUUGGAAUAAGAUUUUCCUCAAACCUCAAAGUCCUUAACUUUCGAAUGUGCAGAUCUGUUUCCGAUACUUCUAUCGUUGCAAUAGCCAUGGGAUGUACACUACUUGAAGAAUGGAACCUAGCAUUAUGUCAUGAGGUGAGGAUAUCUGGAUGGCAAGCAGUGGGGUUAUAUUGCCAGAAUUUGAAGAGACUGCAUGUUAAUCGAUGCCGCAAUCUCAAUGAUAAUGGCUUGCAGGCGUUACGAGACGGUUGCAGAAGUCUCUCGGUUUUGUACUUGAAUGGUUGUGUUCAAGUGACUCCUUUUGCAUUAGAGUUAUUCAAGUCUCACAGAGCAAAUGUUUGUAUAAAGGAAGAAGAGAUAAUGUGCAUCAAUCCUUACUCCCCAUUCAGAUGAUACUGACUGAUACAGAAUUGUCACAUCUGUAGAGGAAGGUCUGCAUUCAGCUGAGUAUUUACCAGUUGUUUCAAAAGGUCUUUAUUUGUAUAAAUAUAUUUUAAAACUUGUUUUUUGCUUCUAGUUAUACAUUACUUAGAUGCUACCUGGUAUAGAUUUUCACAUGUCAUGAAUAUUUACACAUAUAAUUCUGGUAUUGAAUUGGAUGGAGGUACAUUAGUAUUGUGAUUUGUGGUUUGUAUCCCUGAUGAUCUCAAUACAUAAUGUCCCUUUGAGGACAA